UGCCCUACCUCCCUGUCACAGUGGUCCACUCAUCCGGUUACAGCAGCAGUAGCGGCGGCGGCGCCGGCAGCCAGCGCGAGAGCGACGACAGCUCCCGGCUCCGGGACAGGAGCCGCGGCCGCGGCAGCUCCGCGUCCGUCACCUGCGCGGCGCAGGAGUGGCGGACCAGGGGGUGGGGGCGGUGCCAGCCACUCUGAGCCAGAGAAGGAAGGGGCACCUCCCAGCUGGGAUUCCACUGCUGGGAAUAAUCUACGGCUGGCUGGGAGGUGGCGCCGAGCUGGGAAUACUGGUGGGGUAACCAUGUGCAGGGACAGCUAGAGGCCUCGGGGCAGGUAAACAUUCCGUCCAAGUGUAAAGAAGCAAGGAAAGCUGUGUCUGGGACAAUGACAGCCUCUGGCCUGGACUUUGGGGAGGUGGAAACUUUCCUGGACAGGCACCCAGAGUUGUUCGAAGAUUACUUGAUGCGUAAGGGGAAGCAGGAGAUGGUCGAGAAGUGGCUGCAGAGGCACAGUCAGGGGCGGGGGGCUUUGGGCCCAAGGGCGGCUUCGGCUGGCACCAGCAGCGUGGCUCACGGCCCCGGCAGAGAUGGCGGCAGCGUUGGUGGUGGCACUGGACCAAAUGGCUCUUCCAACAGCCAGCCCGCUCCUGGUGGCGGGGACUGUGGUGGGGUGCCCCUGAGUCCCAGCUGGGCCAGUGGCGGCCGGGGCGAUGGGAGCCUGCAGCGGAAAGCUUCUCAGAAAGAGCUGAGGAAGAGUUUUGCCCGCUCCAAGGCCAUCCACGUGAACAGGACCUACGAUGAACAGGUGACCUCCCGGGCCCAAGAGCCCCUGAGCAGUGUACGGCGGAGAGCACUUCUCCGGAAGGCCAGCUCCCUGCCUCCCACCACAGCCCACAUCCUCAGUGCGUUGCUGGAGUCAAGGGUGAAUCUGCCUCAGUAUCCCCCUACGGCCAUCGACUACAAGUGCCACCUCAAAAAGCACAAUGAGCGUCAAUUCUUCCUGGAAUUGGUCAAGGAUAUCUCCAAUGACCUUGACCUCACCAGCCUAAGCUACAAGAUCCUCAUCUUUGUCUGCCUCAUGGUGGACGCUGACCGCUGUUCUCUCUUCCUGGUGGAAGGGGCAGCUGCUGGCAAGAAGAGCUUGGUCUCCAAAUUCUUUGACGUGCAUGCAGGAACCCCGCUGCUGCCCAGCAGCAGCACAGAGAACUCAAAUGAGGUGCAGGUCCCCUGGGGCAAAGGUAUCAUUGGCUAUGUCGGGGAGCAUGGAGAAACGGUCAACAUUCCUGAUGCCUACCAGGAUCGAAGAUUCAAUGAUGAAAUCGACAAGCUCACUGGAUACAAGACAAAAUCAUUAUUGUGCAUGCCUAUCCGGAGCAGCGAUGGUGAGAUUAUUGGUGUGGCCCAAGCGAUAAAUAAGAUUCCUGAAGGUGCUCCAUUCACUGAAGAUGAUGAAAAAGUCAUGCAGAUGUAUCUUCCUUUUUGUGGAAUCGCCAUAUCUAAUGCUCAGCUCUUUGCUGCCUCAAGGAAAGAAUAUGAAAGAAGCAGGGCUUUGCUAGAGGUGGUUAAUGACCUCUUUGAAGAACAGACUGACUUGGAGAAAAUUGUCAAGAAAAUAAUGCAUCGGGCCCAAACUCUGUUGAAAUGUGAACGCUGUUCUGUUUUACUCCUAGAGGACAUUGAAUCACCAGUGGUGAAGUUUACCAAAUCCUUUGAAUUGAUGUCCCCAAAGUGCAGUGCCGAUGCUGAGAACAGUUUCAAAGAAAGCAUGGAGAAAUCAUCCUACUCCGACUGGCUGAUAAACAACAGCGUGGCCGAGCUGGUGGCUUCAACAGGCCUCCCGGUGAACAUCAGUGAUGCCUACCAGGACCCGCGCUUCGAUGCCGAGGUGGACCAGAUAUCUGGUUUUCACAUAAGGUCUGUUCUCUGUGUCCCUAUUUGGAAUAGCAACCACCAAAUAAUUGGGGUGGCUCAAGUGUUAAAUAGACUUGAUGGGAAACCUUUUGAUGAUGCAGAUCAACGGCUUUUUGAGGCUUUUGUCAUCUUUUGUGGCCUUGGCAUCAACAACACGAUUAUGUAUGAUCAAGUGAAGAAGUCCUGGGCCAAGCAGUCUGUGGCUCUGGAUGUGCUAUCAUACCAUGCGACAUGUUCAAAAGCUGAAGUUGACAAGUUCAAGGCAGCCAACAUCCCUCUGGUGUCAGAACUCGCCAUUGAUGACAUUCAUUUUGAUGACUUUUCUCUCGAUGUUGAUGCCAUGGUCACGGCUGCUCUCCGGAUGUUCAUGGAGCUGGGGAUGGUACAGAAAUUUAAAAUCGACUAUGAGACACUGUGUAGAUGGCUUUUGACGGUGAGGAAAAACUAUCGAAUGGUUCUGUACCACAACUGGAGACACGCCUUCAAUGUAUGCCAGCUGAUGUUUGCUAUGUUAACUACCGCUGGGUUUCAAGAGAUUCUGACCGAGGUGGAAAUUUUAGCGGUGAUUGUGGGAUGCCUGUGUCAUGACCUCGACCACAGGGGAACCAACAAUGCCUUCCAAGCUAAGAGCGGCUCUGCCCUGGCCCAGCUCUAUGGAACCUCUGCUACCUUGGAGCAUCAUCAUUUUAACCACGCCGUGAUGAUCCUUCAGAGUGAGGGUCACAAUAUCUUUGCUAAUUUGUCCUCCAAGGAAUAUAGUGACCUUAUGCAGCUUUUGAAGCAGUCAAUAUUGGCAACAGACCUCACGCUGUACUUUGAGAGGAGAACUGAAUUCUUUGAACUUGUCAGUAAAGGAGAAUGUGAUUGGAACAUCAAAAACCAUCGUGAUAUAUUUCGAUCAAUGUUAAUGACAGCCUGUGACCUUGGAGCCGUGACCAAACCGUGGGAGAUCUCAAGACAGGUGGCUGAACUUGUAACCAGCGAGUUCUUUGAACAAGGAGAUCGGGAGAGAUCAGAACUCAAACUCACUCCUUCAGCUAUUUUUGAUCGGAACCGGAAACAUGAACUGCCUCGAUUGCAAUUGGAGUGGAUUGAUAGCAUCUGCAUGCCUUUGUAUCAGGCAUUGGUGAAGGUCAAUGUGAAACUGAAGCCAAUGCUAGAUUCGGUGGCUGCAAACAGAAGUAAGUGGGAAGAACUGCACCAAAAAAGGCUGCUGGUCUCAGCUGCCUCUCCCUCCACUGCCAGCCUCAUAGUAGCCGAGGAGGACAGAAACUAAACCUCAGUCAGCUGCUGCUGCAAAAUGACUGUGUCCUGAAGGGCCAGCCCCAGUCUAGCCAAAUCAUCCUUUCGUUCUUUUAGCUCAGACAGACCUAAAGUCUCGAGGAUGUGCUGGGAAGCAUGGCUGGGCUUUCACCUUGAAGUGUGGUCAGCCGCAGAGAGAGUGACAGGAAGGACAAAGGAGGAGGUGGGGCAGGGAGCACGCCCCAGGACCCUCACCUUCCUCUGAUGGACAUACAUGGGCUGAGACGAAGGCUCUGGGCAGAGGACUGUUUUGGAUCCAAGGACUUGAGCACAGUCGGCCCCGCUCACUCUGUGCUGAGGGAACACAGAACCGUGAAAGCGUCAUUAGCUCUGCUUCAUUUUGUAUAUGGCUCUUCUGUUCAUUAUAAGCCAAACACUGCCUGCCUUUGCUUCCUCUCCCAGAAUGCCCUUUUGUGCCAGACUGUCCCAAGAAUCCUGAUUUCUAAUCUAUAGAGGUAUUUUAUUUUUAAUCCUAAAGCCUCUUAAUGAUGGAUCAGAGCCUUUAGAAUUGCCUACCUAAAAGAUAAGCUAUACUAUCCUUAUAAAUACCAGCCAAUCUCAGUUUUUCAGU